AUGAUGGUGGUUCACUUGUCAGGGCGUCUGAAGGCUGUACAACUGGAGUAUUCCGAUGCCUAUGGUAGGCUGACACAGGCUAUCAGAAAGAGUCCACAAGGGGAGGUCGGCCGAGGCUUCAGGAUAUCUGCUUAUAAGUUUGCUAUCAUUGUCGAGCUCCUCAUGGGGGAGAUACCGGACAGGUCGGUCUUCGCUCAAUCGGACCUCCAGAAGCCCCUCAAGGUGUAUUACCAGAUAGCUGGUGCCGUUAGGAAGGGAUCGGUCAACGAGUUUGAAAGCAUCGUGGAAGCUCACUGUAGCGAGCUGCGUAAGGAUGGCACACUCAGCUUGAUUGGCCGACUCCACCACAAUGUUAUAAAGGCUGGCCUUCGUGGCAUCAACCUUAGCUAUAGCAAGGUCCCUAUGGAGGAGGUGAUGCAGAAGCUUGGCUUGAAUAGUCGAGAAGAGGCCGCUGGAGUUGUUAGUAAGGCCAUUGCUGAUGGUGUUAUUGACGCCACUAUUGAUGAUGAUGGGGA